AUGAGCAGCGAUCGUGCCAAGAUGAGCACCCCAGAAGUCGAAAUUCGAACCGAGAAACCAUCACAGCACGGUGAUGGCGCCUCGGGCCUAAACCACCCACCCAAGCAAGACGGUGAGACUCUUGCGCGCCGCAGCUCGACCGAAUCUACGCGCAACUACCCCCAGGGCUUGAGGCUCUGGGUCAUCAUUGCGUCGCUCUGCCUCACUGUCUUCCUCGUCGCACUGGACCAGACCAUCAUCGCGCCCGCCCUGGGUGCCAUCACCACUCAGUUCAAAUCCGUACGCGACAUCGGCUGGUACGGGGCAGCUUAUCUGCUCACUGCAACGGCGCUGCAACCCAUCUAUGGAUCGAUCUAUCGGAACUUCGAUAUCAAGUUUACCUAUCUUAGCGCCGUCAUCAUCUUCGAGGUCGGCAGUUUGAUAUGUGGUGUAGCGCCGUCGUCGACGGUCUUUAUUAUAGGCCGUGCUAUUGCUGGCAUGGGCUCGGCUGGCCUCUUUUCUGGUGGUGUUGUCAUCGUGGCAUAUACGUUGCCACUGCGCCAGAGACCGCUAGGCCUUGGCCUGAUCGGUGGGAUGUGGGGGAUUGCCUCUGUCGCCGGACCAUUGAUGGGCGGUGCCUUCACCAACAACAUUACAUGGCGCUGGUGCUUCUACAUCAAUUUGCCAAUUGGUGGCCUGGCCAUAGCCUUCAUCAUUAUUCUCCUGAAUAUCAACCGGGAAAACAACCCCAAGAAUCUCACAUACCUCGAGCGAGUCUUGGAGCUUGACCUGCUUGGUGCGUCCAUGCUGGUCUCGGCCGUCGUCUGUCUUCUCCUAGCGCUCCAAUGGGGUGGUACACAGUUCUCGUGGAAUAGUUCCCAAAUCAUCGGACUGUUUGUGGGCUUUGUGCUUAUGGGCAUCAUCUUUAUCGGGAUUCAGAUCCGGAAAGGUGACGCCGGGAUAUUACCACCGCGCUUUUUCAAGUCCAAGGACAUCGUUUGCGCUAUGAUAUUCUCGGCUCUCUUUGGGGCUGCGUUUUUCCCUCUGAUCUACUACCUGUCUCUAUUCUUCCAGGCCGUACAGGGCAACACGGCCGUUCAAGCUGGCAUCAAACUGUUGCCCCUACUCCUUUCGUGUGUGCUUGCUUCGAUUAUCGGCGGCGGCCUCAUAACGGCAUUUAGCCACUACAAUCCCGUUGUCCUCCCAUCAAUGGUCAUGUUUACCAUCGGCUGCGGCCUUAUUACCACGCUGGACAUCGACCCGCCCACACGUGAAUGGUUAGGGUUUCAAGUGCUGGCGGGACUGGGCUUGGGCGCAGGAUUCCAGAUUCCCAUCCUCGUUGUGCAGGCAACGCUGCCACUUGAGGACGUGCCGGUGGCAAGCGCAUGUGUGCAGAUCUUCCAGAGCUUAGGCGGCGCCAUCUUCAUCGCCGUUGCCCAGACGGUAUUUCAGAAUGGCCUCAUUAGCAGUAUCCAGCGCGACGCUCCACAGCUAGACGGCCAGAUCUUUAUCAACAGCGGUGCCAGCCAGAUCCGCAGCAUCCUCACCCAGAUUCACCAGGAACAGGCGCUUGAUGCCGUCCUGAACGCUUACCUUGUCGGCCUUCGCCACUCGUACUUCAUCUCCGUGGGUUGCGCAGCCGGCACCUUUUUCGCGGCGGCGUGCUUGAGCUGGACCAGCAUUAAGGGCAAGACGGCUGUAAUAGAAGAUGGGGCCUCUGCACCGACUGGCGUGGCUGUGGCAACGAGCAACAAGAACGGGGAAGGCCGAGAUUAG